UCAACCCUGCUCAUACCCGCUGUUUGUUAUCUUUUGGCAUCUGCAUCCUGCAUCUGCCGCAAUUUCAUAAUUGCAACUGCCCUGCUCAUUUAAUACGCAUUCAGAUGUCUUGGGUACAUCUGUGGUGUAUGGUCGCCCUUCUGCCUGCCAGUGUCUUAGCCCAGACAACCCCUAAGGACGAGCACUUCCAUGAGGAGCUCGUUGUGCGUCCCUUAUCCGGCGAUCAUGUAAACACGUACUUCCAGUUUACCACACGCUGGCACUACGGCCAGAAGGAGAACCUCUACCACACGCAGCUGACGCCCCGCGUCAUUGCCGAGCUGCUGCAGCAGUUCGAUGUAAAGGAGCUGCACAUCGGCCUCACGCAGGGCCUGUGGCGCUACGAGACUUGGGGCUAUCCCAUCGUUGAGGCAACCAGUGGGGCCGAGAUGUGGGCUUGGUUCAAGGGACCCAAUCUCACCGACCAGGCGGUGGACAAGCAGUGGGCCCAGCUUGCGAACGUCUUCUCCGGCGUCCUGUGUGCCUCGCUCAACUUUGUGGACAACACCAACAGCAUAUCGCCCAGGUAUCUGCUGCGGCCACAGUUCAUGCCCGCGAAUCGGGAGAAGUUUGUGCGCUACGCCUCGUUGCCGCGGGAGAUUGUCUGCACGGAGAAUCUGACGCCCUGGAAGAAGCUUCUGCCCUGCGGUAGUGCCUCGGGAUUCGCCUCGCUGCUCAACUCCGGCUAUGUGCACAACACCAAGUACCAUUCGCUGGGCCUGAAGGUGCGCACCCUGUGCCAGGACUACGACGAGGACAACUGCAUCCUGGAGCUGACGCAGACGGCGAAUCUCGUCUACGAUCUCCGCCUGCUCGAGCAGAGCGGCAACGAUUUCUCGCUGCGCCGCCUCUUCGGCAUGGGCCUCAACGGCUACUGCGAGCUGGCGACCACCAGCAAGAUCUAUGUGCAGCGCAACGAGCUGGGCGCCCGCUACCAGCUGGUGCCGCUCCCGCCCGCGGAGGUGAAGACGACGAGGGGCGGGUAUACAGUGCUCUAUGGGGUGUACGACAUGCAGGAGCAGUUCCAGGACCAGGGCGAGCGGCUGUUCAAUAUCGCCUGGCUGGCGCCCAAGGGCGAGGUGCGACGCAACCGUCUGAAGCCCGCCCCGCCGCCCAUCUACGUGCAUCGCUAUCUCCUGGGCCAGGGCCAGGAGCGGGGACGCAUCGUCACGGAGGUGACCAAUUCGCAUUACGCACCGCUGCCAAUCGUGGUGCAGGAGCUCAUACCGUGGUAUGUGCAUGCCUAUCUGCAUACCCUCAAUAUCCGUCGUCGGUCCAUGGGCCGACACGAAUACGGGCGCGAGAUGCUGCCUUUCAAGCUGCUCCAUUACGCUCCCGGUAAGCAGCGGGAGCUGCCCACCCACCUGGAGAUUGGGUUCCUGCUGCCCGGCCAGAGCUCGGCGCUGAUCACCAUCGAUGUGGACUACCUGGUGCUCAAGUGGCUCGAGUAUCCUCCCGAUGCCAAUCACGGCCACUACAUCAAUGCGGCCCUUGUCUCCAGUUCCCUGCCGAUGGGCACCAACUACUCGGCCUUGCCCCUGGAGGGCCAUCUCUUUGCCCAUUCGUUCAACGCUACCCGCCCAUCGUAUGUGCUGGGCCUGCACACCGAAGCCCUGAUCGUUUCGCUGCCCACGCCCGACUUCAGCAUGCCCUACAACGUCAUCUGUUUGGCCUGCACUGUGGUGGCUCUGGCCUUUGGCCCCAUCCACAGUGUGGCCACCAAGGUGAUUGUGGUGGUGCGCCCAACAUCAGCCGGACCUCGGAACUUCCUCAAGAGGCUCAAGGAAAAGCUGUUUAGUCGGGGGGGUCAGGAGUCGACACCAAUGGUGGGGGAAAGGGAAGGGGUCGUUCCCGAUGAUCCAUGCCCCCAUGAAAAGGCGGACGAUGACCACGAAGAGGAGAAGGAAGGGAAAGAAGAGGCAGCGGAAUCGCUGAUUGCAAAUCCAUUUGAAUCGCUGUCAAGCGCAGGAUGUUCGACUGUCUGGGAUCUAUGAUGGUCAGGAAGUACACCUUAAAUGGUUGGCCGCUUCCUUCAAAGUGCUUCACCGUAGGCCGCCGUCAAGCCUCGGAGGCCAUCUCGAAGCACCAAUCCAAGGCGGUGUCACAUCCUCCCGUUGAUGCAUUCCAUUGUCUAUUGUCUGGCUGGGAUGGGAUCCAAGCUGUAACAUGGCUUCUUGAAGCUAUAACCAAAAAAAAAAAUAAAUAAAGAGUCGACGUCGGCACUAAAAAGUUUC